ACCCUUAAACUACCACAAUUAAUGGUUUGUAUGAGAUGUUGUGCUGAUAUGCUGUGUAUAGUUUUUGCCAAACAUGCCACUGUGUCUUAUCCACUUUGGUCCCAUUUGUCCAAAGGACAAUGUUCCAGCAGUCUGCUAGAGAGAAGUUCCCUGAAGACGGGCUCCAACACGAGUCCAGAAAGUUUGGAAGACAAAACCUCUGGUCCCAGUGACCAAUCCAGAUUGGAUCCUGAGCUAUGGUCAAUAUUUGAGUUCCACUUAGCAGCACUGGCAUCUUUGAAAGGCGACAUCGUUGAUCUUAAUAAGCGCUUACAGCAAACAGAACGAGAGAGAGAUUUGUUGGAAAAGAAAUUGGCAAAAGCCCAGUGUGAGCAAUCUCACCUAAUGAGAGAGCAUGAAGAUGUACAAGAGCGUACAACGCUUCGUUAUGAGGAACGGAUCACAGAGCUUCAUAGCAUUAUUGCAGAGCUAAAUAAGAAAAUAGAUCGACUGCAAGGAACUACUAUAAGAGAAGAAGAUGAAUAUUCUGAACUGCGAUCAGAACUCAGUCAGAGUCAGCAUGAGGUCAAUGAUGAUUCACAUAGCAUGGACCAAGAUCAGAUCUCUGCUUCCCUUCCAGAGAACCAGUCAACUAUGGUCACAGCUGACAUUGAUACCUGUAGUGACUUAAACUCGGAAUUGCAGAGAGUGCUGACAGGACUGGAGAAUGUUGUCUGCGGGAGAAAGAAGAGCAGCUGUAACUUGUCUGUGGCAGAUGUCGACCGGCAUAUUGAACAGCUCACAACUGCCAGUGAACACUGUGACUUAGCCAUUAAGACAGUUGAGGAGAUUGAAGGUGUGCUUGGGCGGGAUUUGUACCCAAAUUUGGCUGAAGAAAGGUCCCGAUGGGAGAAGGAACUGGCAGGUUUGAGGGAAGAGAAUGAAAGCUUAACAGCAAUGUUGUGCAGCAAGGAAGAAGAAUUAAACAGAACUAAGGCCACCAUGAAUGCUAUCCGUGAAGAACGAGACAGAUUACGCAGAAGGGUUAGAGAACUACAGACCCGAUUACAGAGUGUUCAGGCAACAGGCCCAUCAAGUCCAGGUCGUCUCACUUCUGCAAACCGUCCCAUUAAUCCUAGCACUGGAGAACUAAGCACCAGCAGCAGUAGUAAUGACAUUCCCAUUGCUAAGAUUGCGGAGAGAGUGAAGCUUUCAAAGACGAGGUCAGAAUCCUCAGCAUCUGAUCGUCCUGUCCUGGGAUCAGAAAUCAGCAGCAUAGGAGUAUCCAGUAGUGUGGCAGAACACCUGGCACAUUCUCUUCAAGACUGUUCCAAUAUACAAGAGAUUUUCCAAACACUCUACUCACAUGGAUCUGCUAUCUCUGAAAGCAAAAUUAGAGAAUUUGAAGUAGAAACAGAACGGUUGAACAGUCGCAUCGAGCACUUAAAAUCUCAGAAUGAUUUAUUGACAAUAACUCUGGAAGAGUGUAAGAGCAAUGCUGAAAGGAUGAGCAUGUUGGUUGGAAAAUAUGAAUCCAAUGCCACAGCCCUCAGGCUGGCAUUGCAAUACAGUGAACAGUGCAUUGAAGCCUAUGAGCUGUUGCUAGCAUUGGCUGAAAGUGAACAGUCUCUCAUUCUUGGACAAUUCAGAGCUGCAGGUGUUGGGUCUGUUGGGGAUCAAACAGGAGAUGAAAGCAUCACCCAGAUGCUUAAAAGAGCCCAUGACUGUAGGAAGACAGCUGAGAAUGCAGCCAAAGCCCUGUUGAUGAAAUUGGAUGGAAGCUGUGGGGGAGCCUAUGCAGUUACUGGCUGUAGUGUACAGCCCUGGGAGAGUCUUUCUUCCAACAGUCAUACCAGUACUACUAGUUCAACAGCAAGCAGUUGUGACACAGAGUUCACAAAGGAGGAUGAGCAGAGAUUGAAGGACUACAUUCAACAACUAAAAAAUGAUAGAGCAGCUAUUAAAUUAACUAUGCUGGAGCUGGAGAGCAUCCAUAUUGACCCCCUCAGUUAUGAUGUCAAGCCUCGUGGAGACAGCCAAAGACUGGAUCUAGAAAACGCUGUACUUAUGCAGGAACUCAUGGCAAUGAAGGAAGAAAUGGCAGAACUGAAAGCACAGCUGUACUUGCUAGAAAAAGAGAAGAAAGCUCUCGAGUUGAAGUUGAGCAGUCGAGAAGCUCAGGAACAAGCAUAUUUGGUCCACAUUGAGCACCUAAAAUCAGAAGUAGAAGAGCAAAAAGAACAGAGAAUGAGGUCUCUCAGUUCAACUGGUAGCAGCAGCAAAGACAAGUCAAGUAAGGAGUGCACAGAUGGCACAUCAGCAUCAUUAACACUAACUGAGCUCAAAUCUUACAAUGAAAGUGAGCUGACUGCAGAAUUGGCAAAUGCCCUCAGACGGGAAAAGAAACUGAAAUCCAGAGUGCAGGAGUUGGUGAAUGCCUUGGAAAGACUAACUAAGAGCAGCGAAAUUCGGCAUCAACAGUCUGCAGAGUUUGUUAAUGAUUUGAAAAGAGCAAACAGUAACCUUGUGGCUGCCUAUGAGAAAGCAAAGAAGAAGCACCAAAAUAAGCUGAAGAAACUGGAAUCCCAGAUGAUGGCAAUGGUGGAAAGACAUGAGACUCAAGUCAGGAUGCUCAAACAAAGAAUUGCUUUGCUGGAAGAAGAGAAUUCAAGACCCCAUACCAAUGAAACAUCGCUUUAAGAGAUAUUAGUUUUCUUUAAUCAAUGUGCCAUUACAAAAAUGACUCCUUACAAGACUCGAGAUAGUAAACACAGUUGUUAAUUGAUACAAACCAGGCAAAGUUGGAGAUCAGUACCUCAUAGUGAGAUUGCAACUUCAACAAUACACAGCCAUGGGCAGGAGCCCCCAAACAAUGUUUUUGUAUAAUUGAGCAUACUCAGUGCCUGAUGGUAAAUGUAUCAGUUUAUCACAUUUUCCAUGUAAUAGUUUUACUGAUAUUAUUACAGAUUAUCUUAUAAAUUUCAAAUUUGUAUGUAAGUAUAUUCUUCUGCUCUUAUUCACUGAACACUCUCUUUGGAGUCUACCAUAAACAAUGAGGCAGUGCUGGAACACCAGUGCACUCAUCGCUUUCAUUUGGAUAAUAGCAUUUCUUUUCCCAUUUUCUUUUGUCAUUCAUUCUGCAUUCCCACUUACAAUGUAAAUCAGGUAUCUGUAGUCAACCUCUAGGUACACAGCAGAUCAAGUAUUAGCAUACAAUUGUCUUUUAUGGGGAACAGGAACAUUACUCUUGCUUCUUCAAGUGAUGGGAAAUCACAGUAACUACUGCACGUAUAUAAUUUUUGCAGCGGAGGUGUAAGUUGAUAAAUAGCUGUUACAACUCAAAGGAAGAUGUAGUGGAAAUAUAAUUUUAAAUUGGGCUUUUGAAAUGUAGACUAAAUUAGUUUUACUUUUUUUUGCUUCUCAUUAAAUAGCAGUAAAAAUAGGGGCAGUGGAAGAAUUUUAUGUCAAACCAACUGGAAUAAUUUCUCCCACACUAUAACUGGUGCCUCUUAUCUUUCUGUUUGUAGUACACUUUUUAGAAUAUGCCCAUUGAAAAUGACCCAGCAUCAUCCUAUUGCAUGAUUUGAUAAACCUGCAGUUUGCCAUCUCAGUCAGUCAUGGAAUAGAAUCCAUAGUAAUUCUGAGACUAAGCAUCUAGUGCAGUAUUUCUCAAACGUGGCAAUUGUUAAGAUGUGUGCACUUCAUCUCCCAGAAUUCAUCAGUUUGGGAAACAUUGAUCUAUUUUCUAAAGACAAGCUAUUUCACUGCUGCUAUCUAUCACAAGUAAGAGGUUGUUCUUAACUUGUAGCAGUUAUGCAUUUAUAAAAGAAAUGAAGGAGUAUAUUGCUGGACAAUGUCUAAUCCUUUGCAUUCCGUAUAUAAAUUACAUGAGUGUUGCAAAAUAUUCUAGAAUAGUGUUUGUAUGGGGUAAGAUUCAUAAAAUUAACAAGUCAGCUGUUUAGUUCCAAAAUAACAAUAUUCCCCUUUGCUCAUUUUACUUUUUAAUUUUCUGAUUAAAACCAGCAUAAAAUGUUAAGGAAUGUGCCUAAUUAAAUGAAUGUAAAUGUGGGAACAUUAAUUUCCAGUGAGGAUCAGUUACGAUGCCAAUACUGUCCACUUAGCUCAGUAAACCGUAUCAAUUAGAAUUAGAGGAGAAUGCAGUAUUAUGUCCCUUAAAUUUUAAAGCCUUUUUAAAUUGAAAUAUCUAUUCUAUUUUUCUUUUGUAAGUGUAGCAAUAAUUCUUUUUCCUUUAGUCUGCUGUAUAGAUGUUGGACAUUAAUCUUGUAAGGAUAAUCCUCAAUCAUGGCAGAUGCUUUGCAAUGGUGCCUUCCUUUUAGAAUGGUUUCUCCUUGCACUGAUUCUUGGAAAGACUACAAUAAGACCAAUAGUCCUACCAAUCUCUUCUUAGUCUUUUGAAUGUUCAUCCACAUUUAAUCAUUGUAGGCAAUUUAAUACACUUCAAACUGAUUUUUUUUAUUUCUUUUAUAGUGAAGAUCAGCA